AUGUCUAAGACUGCCUUGAUCACUGGUGCCGCCCAAGGAAUUGGUAAAGCCAUCGCGCUUAACAUGGCCCGCAAGGGAUUUCAAUUGGCCAUUGCCGAUUUGCCUCAGCAGAAAGAUAAAGCAGAAGAGGUUUUGAAAGAAAUUCAGGCUAUUAGGCCAAAUAACAAACCUCCGAUUUUCUUGCCAGUGGAUGUCUCGAAUCAGAAAUCCGUAUUCGACGUGGUUGAUGAGAGCGCUGCGCAUUUCGGUGCAUUCGACGUUAUGGUCAACAAUGCUGGCAUUGCUACGGUUUCCAAAGUUCUUGAGGCCACGCCUGAGGAAUUAGAGCGUGUGAUGCGUAUUAACGUCGGCGGUGUCCUUUACGGCACCCAGGCCGCGGCCAGGAAACUCGUCGAGCUAAAUAGAGGAGGCGAUUUCACGCCUUCGACGGUAAAAACUGCCAAGCAUAAAUUGACUGGAAAAAUUAUCAACUGCUGUUCUAUUACCGGUAACGAAGCUUUCGCCUCUCUGCCAUUGUAUUCAUCGUCAAAAUUCGCGGUUAAGGGAUUAACGCAGGCUUCUGCUAAAGAGUUGGCACCCUUAGGUAUCACUGUUAACGCCUACGCUCCUGGUAUCGUCUUGACGCCAAUGUGGGAUCUCAUUGACACCAAGCUAGCUGAGAUUACUGGUCUACCGUUGGGUGAGAACCUAAAGAGGCAAAUUGAUGGAAUUGCCCUCAAGCGUGGUGAAACCGCUGAAGACGUUUCGGGACUCGUGGCCUUUUUGGCUGGUGAGGAAUCCAACUACAUCACUGGCCAGAACAUUAGUGUCGACGGUGGGAUCAGCUACAAUUGA